UACUCAGAACAAGCCCUCUCUCCACAGUAGAGCAGUGUAACCUCUUCCAUUAAGAUCACCAGGCUCUGAUAACUGGAUUACACCCAGCUUGCAGGAUCAAAUUGCAAGUCUUUUGCUGUUCCCCCACCUUGCCUGAGGGGGAGAAUCUCUUCUGCAGAAUCUCUGAAAAAUCAAAUUGCAUCUAAGACUAUUUUACAAAAAAAAAAAAAAAUUCCUCAGGAACUGUGCUGGGUUAUGACUAUUGGUUAAAAAUAAAUUUUCAAGGCAGCUUCAAUCCAACCCCAAGGGAAACUAUGGUUUGGGCCAAAAGACAACUGAUAGCUUAAUCUCUAUAUUAAGAGUACCAAAACAAAUACUGCUGAUAGAAGAGAAAGAAAAAAAGAUUUCUCAUUUGAACAAUUACCAGAAUUAGAAGAUAAGGAGCUUCAGUGGGUCAGUGACAUUGUUUCUAUUCAUUAACGCUGUGCUGUCAUUUAAAAAAGAAAGAUCUAAUUUUACAUGAAAUUUUGUAGCUAAUCUUAAUGAUGGAACAAAGGUGGAUCCUGGUGUUUCUACUCCUCUUGACUAUUUUUAAGCCUUUGGUCAUUGCUGAACCAGAAGGAGGACAGAAUUUUUCUGGAGAACCAACUCAGUUGGGUGUUACUCGAAAUAAGAUUAUGACGGCCCAGUAUGAAUGCUACCAAAAAAUCAUGCAAGAACCUAUUCACAGGACAGAAGGACCUUAUUGCAACAGGACCUGGGAUGGUUGGCUGUGUUGGAAUGAUGUUGCUGCAGGGACCGAGUCAAUGCAACACUGUCCUGACUAUUUUCAGGAUUUUGACCCUUCUGAAAAAGUUACGAAAAUAUGUGACCCAAAUGGAAACUGGUUUAAACACCCAGAGAGUAACAGGACCUGGACAAAUUAUACCCGAUGUAAUAUCCAUACCCACUUGAAAGUACAGACAGCAUUGAAUUUGUUUUAUCUUACCAUCAUUGGACAUGGAUUAUCUAUUGCAUCACUUCUGAUCUCUCUUGGAAUAUUCUUUUAUUUCAAGAGUUUGAGCUGCCAAAGGAUCACUCUGCAUAAAAAUUUGUUCUUCUCUUUUGUUUGUAAUUCUGUUGUCACAAUCAUCUGGUUAACUGCUGUGGCCAACAAUCAGGCAUUAGUUGCAACCAAUCCUGUGAGUUGCAAAAUAUCCCAGUUUAUUCACCUUUAUCUGUUGGGAUGCAAUUAUUUUUGGAUGCUUUGUGAAGGCAUUUAUCUACAUACACUCAUUGUGGUGGCUGUGUUUGCAGAGAAACAACACUUACUAUGGUAUUAUCUUCUUGGCUGGGGGUUCCCACUGAUCCCUGCCUGUUUACACGCAAUUGCAAGAAGUUUAUACUACAAUGACAACUGCUGGAUCAGUUCUGAUACCCAUCUCCUAUACAUCAUCCAUGGGCCAAUUUGUGCAGCUUUAUUGGUAAACCUAUUCUUCCUGUUGAACAUUGUGCGUGUCCUCAUCACCAAGUUAAAAGUCACUCACCAAGCUGAGUCAAAUCUGUACAUGAAAGCAGUAAGAGCAACCCUCAUUCUUGUGCCCCUACUUGGAAUUGAAUUUGUUCUAAUUCCUUGGAGGCCAGGAGGACUAAUUGCUGAAGAAAUAUAUGACUAUAUUAUGCACAUUCUCAUGCAUUACCAGGGUCUUUUGGUCUCCACAAUUUUCUGCUUUUUUAAUGGUGAGGUUCAAGCAGUUUUGAGAAGACAUUGGAAUCAAUAUAGAAUCCAAUUUGGGAGCAGCUUUUCCAAUUCGGAUGCCCUUCGUACAGCUUCUUAUACUGUGUCUUCUAUCAGUGAUGUUCAUGGCUACACUAAUGACCUUGGUAGUGAACAGUUGAAUGGAAAAAGCUUCCAUGACAUGGAAAAUGUGGUUCUGAAAACAGAAAAUUUCUAUGCUUGAUUAUAGAGGAAUUACAAACUUUAUUACCACUUUUGCAACCUUAUUACUGAAGGAAUUGCGUUCAUGACUUUAUGGCCAGAAGAUUUCUAGAUAACAUGGACUUGUUUCUCUUGAGUGCCACAAAAUAGCCCAUAAGUACAUUAACAUAUGUUGGUAAAAGUACAUACACGCACAUUAAGCUUGAUUCUACUCUUCGGGCCUGGGAGACUUUUCACCAUGUAUAUAUUCUCCCUGUCAUGUGGGGCAGAAAAGCCUUUCUGGUGCAUCAGUCUGAUGCAUCAGGGAAUGGUCUGAUCCCUUCCUACAACUUCACAGUGGUCAGAAGAGGAGCUAGCUACUUAUGCUGCCAUUAACUCCCAUCCCUAGAAAAGUCAAGAGAGCAGAACUGCUAUGCUCAGUUGCUGACUCACCCCAGACCAACUCUGGAUCAUGUUCCCUUAAGAUGGUAUGCUAUGCACAGGACUGGCAAUGUGCAUAGGAUGGGGCUGCAGUGCAUUUACUGCAGCAUGUGGAAUAUGUGACUUGAUUGUAGACCAUUUUUUCCUCCCUCACAGCCUAGGUGGAGGGAGUCCGGUCAAUAGGGAGUAUAUGUAAAUAGAAACUUUUCCUCUUGAGUUUCUACUAUGUAGACAGUCAUCAGUGCAUCCUGUAUGAUGAAAUUUGAUGAAGGAUUUCCUAAUUUCUGUGGAGCCUAUAUAAAACCCUUGUUGUGAAAGUUAUAUCAUGUUUCUGAGAACCUGGCUUGUAAAUAAUUUUAAUGCAUUUUUUGUCCAUGAACUUAAAUGGCUUGAAAUAGAUGCAUUAAUAUUACAGUAUAAUGCAGGUUAAUUUCUGAUGCAAGUGCCAUGGCUAAUUCUGCUAAAAUAAGAGUCUGAGAUAGCUAUAUUAGUCCAACUUAUUUAGGACUAUUUUAAAAACACAACUAGAUCUUGACAUCAUAAAUUUGAUAAUGAGUGGAAGAGAAAAUCAAAAUGCAAAAUAAAAAUAUUUUUCACAAAGCAAAACUCCAAUCAAGUGGAAAACCUUAGAAUGUGGUUGGCAUAUUUCGGGUAGAAUAUUGGCAUUUCUUUUAGAAGUUAUGCCCAAGUAAUAUAUGUUUUAUAUAUGUUUGUUCUAUUUUGAUUAUAAAUUGAUACACUAACCCUGAAAAGUGAGGGAAAAAUAAACAUUUUUAGAUUUGUUAAAUGCUAUCUUGCUAAGAUAUUUUAUACAUUUAUGAUUUUCAUAUUCAGGGACCACAUCAUUCUAUUUAAGUUGUUUAUAUGAAAAAAAUACAAAGUUUUAAGAAGUAUUCCACCCAAAGAAAUGAGUAAUCCAGUUGGUGUAUCUUCUAAAAUGUUUUGUUUUCUGAGCAAAUAGAAUAUUUUGAAUAAAAUAUAAUCUGGAUAAA